UUAUACACAAGCUUUUCUAGGGACUUGUGCUUGAGAAGGUUAAGCAAGAGCCAUCCCGUUUACCUCAGCAGCAGCGCCAAUAUAACUUAUCGACAAACCCCACCAUCGACCGCCAGACUGCCCACUUUCCGAAGUCGCUUCGGGCACCUCGACUCUCAACACGACUGGAAGAUGGCGGACGAGAUAGAGCAAUUAAUAUUAUCGCCAUUCAGGGAGAUCAUCGAAAAAGCGAAUAUAGCUGUGGGUAAUGCCGAACCUGCAAAUGAGGGUGUUUCAACACCCAUGCGCAAGGCAGCGCAGAGCCUCGCGAAAGAGGGAGAAAGAGCACUAAAGAAGAUAGAGCCGCUGUGCCAGAAGAAUUAUGAAGAGUACGGGGCGAAUUUUGUUGAUGCAAUGAAGGAACAUAAGGAGAUUGGGGAAUUUAGAUCCGAAUUAGAGGACUUAUUGUGGGAUUUCGACGACUAUAUCGAGGCCGAGGAAUUUGAUGCAGACAAAUUUGAAGAGCUCCAAAAAGCCUCGAGACGAGCAGCACCAAAGAUAGUAGAAAUACUCAAGCGCAUCAAGCUUGCUGCGCCAGCACCGACAGCAGCACCAAUCGUAGAUACAAAGGUGUCUUCGAGACAAGCAAGCAUCGUUGUAGACCCGCCACCAGAGGAGAUCAGCGAAAUUGAACAACAAUUGAGUGAGAUGUUAGUGAUGGGCAGUCGAGCCGGUCCUGAUUUGGGUGUUGACGGAAUUUCUGAUAGCAGGACGAAUUCGAGACAAGCCUCCCGACCAGUCAGCGAUUUGGAGAGGAAUAGUUCACACCGUUCCACGAUGUCUUCGGAACCUCUGGAACAUCCCCCACGACCUCCAUCGAUAGAUCCCUGGCAAGUAGAUACACUACCACCACUAAAUCUAAGUGCUCGCCCUGAUAGUGGCACUCCUGUCGAGCGGCGACCGCCAGUGGCUGUGGGCGAUUCACCAACUCUGCCGCCGGUUGUGCCGCUGCCGGCUAUUCCAUCCAGCAAUAUCAGAGGACGCUCAAAUAGCACGCGAAAAGAAGCCCAACGUCUUGGCAGUGAUUCUUUCUUGCAUCAAGGGGCAGCCGUCCACAUCGACCCAGAUUCAGCAUACUGGCGAGAUCGAGCAAUGAACGGCCGCUCGAGAGGAGACUCCCUAUCGAACGGAGGACCUUUUGAGAAAUCAAGACCAAGCUAUUCAAGCUAUAGCAGUAGCGAGCUGCCGAGAUACUCUGGCAUCGUGAAAUUUCCUCCCCGACAAGCUUCGUUGGCCAGCAAUUCGCAUAUCGAUCGUCAACCGUCUGUAGACUCACUUAAUAGCUCGAUAUUCGACGUGCUCAUAGAUGAAGCAACAAGCCCCAUGGCUAGUACGCAGCGGACUUCAUCAGUGCUAUCGGUGCCUCCUGGCAGCCCCUAUUCCGUAGGGGGCCAUCUGCCACUAUACUCUGCUUCACCUCCCGGCUACAGAAGUGGGCUGCAUUCGCCUGUUGGGACUUUCAACACCAGUUCCUCCGGCACCUUAGCCACAAUACACGCCCGUCCGCAUACAAGUGGUAAUAUUUUGCGGUCUUUGCCCCCGACGCCUCAACCCCUUGAGGAUGACCCCGGGAUUAUACCCGUCGAAUCUGAAACCCCCGAGGUUCCACAGAUGCCGCCGAGGCAGAGCGACUGCAGUAUCGGACCACAUUCAUCAUUUUACCAGAUGAAGGGUUUCUGCAAAGGGGCUGAAGAAGUUAUGCGAGGCGAGCUUGGUAUCAAGAAGAUCAAAAGACCUGUUGGCGGAUUCUCUCACACCACGGUAGCCAAGUGCACGCACUGCUUGUAUGAACUUGACUUUGCGGCCGUGGAGCAGGACCUAAACAAUAACUCCAAAGGUAAUCAUACAUCUCAUUCAGUGGGAUUCCGGCUUCGCGUGUUGCAGAAGAGCCAUCUCUCGAUCCGGCACAUAGAAGAGCAGUUGUAUGGCUGCGUUUUCUGUAUCCACGAUGGCAAAACCCUUGACGAAAGUGACGCAACUGUCUUCUUCAACCAGAAACAGCUCUUUACACACAUGGCCCGGCACCCGCGGCCGCUCCCAAAGAUUCCCGGGCUGGUCGUCAUUGAUGGAAGCGAAAUACCUGAAACGUUCAAGGAUAAUUUCGAUUUACAUUUCUCAAGCACGCCUGUGCAGUCAGUUAUGGCCGGCAUCGCGCCUGAGGUCAGUAAGCUUCCGACAGCUGUUGCGACGGAAACUAGAAGAAACGCGCACGGGAUUAUGAGAAGUCCACCGGAUCGAGGCGCUGCCUUGCAGUUUGCCGUUGGCGCCAAAAUUGUCGGGAUCGAAUUUCCAGAGAAAUAUGACGGCAAAUGGGGAAUUGGGUGGCACGAUGGUGUUCGCGCGGCGUUUGAGGCCGACUCUGUGCAUUUAGAUGCACCACCGAAGAGCGAGACUAGAAUGCAAGGAACGAGCAGUAUGCAGGCUAUUGUGAGGUGGAAGUGGAAUCAAAAGGGCGAGGGCAACUGGCUGAAAUUUAACCAGGGUGAUGUGAUUAAGAACAUUAGCUGGACAUAUUCAGAUCAUUGGUGCUGGUCUGGCACGUCUGGAAAGAGCUGGGGUAUCUUCCCGCAGUCGCAUCUUGAACCACACUCCGUCAAGAUCGUGAGACCAGGAGACGACAUGAGCGUUAGCAGCGCCGAGAAGAAACCAGGGUUAGGAUUUUUUUCCAGAAAGAAAACAACAGAUAACACCGACAAGAAGAAGGAGAAAACCAAGGUGGAACAAGAGCCUGGUCGUAAGUUGGUCGCAGAACCAUCUCCAGCUGCAUCUUCCAGCUCCCAAGCAUGGUAGCUAAACAGCUGAACGAUACAGAUCGGCGAUCCUGGAGUUCCUACACCUGAACUCAAACCCCGAUACACACGCAGUAUUUUUCAUUUGUCUAUUGGAGUCCGAGAAGCGAAAAUUAUCUGAGCAUUUUGUUGUUAAAGCGUCUAGGUCUUUAGAACUUUUCGAGGCAUGGAAGAUCUCUCAUUGUGGAUACCCCUUUAUAUGAUGUGACUAGCUCAUUUGUUUUCAAAUAAUGAAAAGAAAGUCUUCGCUAGUUUCUUUCCAAGUCUCACGCAGUGAAGGAGUUCAACUAUAGAACCUGCUUACAUGUCACUGCUCACAGUAAAGGUGC